CGAACGCAGAGCGAGCUAGUCACUUGAUCAAAAUGCGCGUAUAUAUGUUAUUAUGCGCGCUUAUCUUAGGAUGCGCACGCGCAGAUUCUGACGACGUACAAUAUGUUAAAAGCGUGAAAGGGGGAUUUGGUGGCCGCUACCAAUAUAAAGGCGACGCUAAUUAUCUAAGAUUUUAUAAUAAUACACAAGUGAACACAACGAGACACGACCCGUCCGAGAAUGUUGGUGUUUGCUAUAUUGAAGUUCCAACUGUCAACUUGGUGUCGGAUCCUUCACAUGUUCCAGCGGGAAAUGGGUCUCGACCGGAGCUCAGUCGAAUCAGAACAUGCUGUAAGGGUUACAUAAGGAAUGCUCACAACUAUAUGCUCUGCGAACCAUUCUGCAGCAAUGACUGCAUCAACGCCCUCUGCGUCGGUCCAGAAACCUGCAAAUGUUUCCCUGACCACGUGAAGAAUCUAGCUGGAGUGUGUGUUGCUACCUGUCCAAUUGGGUGCCAGAACGGCCACUGCGCUGGUGGAGAAUGCAUAUGCAAGGAUGGCUUUAAAUUGGACACUGACAGCAAGUUCUGCAUACCAAGUUGUAAAGAAAAUUGUGGAGGAUUAGGCAACUGUAUAGCACCAAACACAUGCGACUGUAAGACCGGCUACAAGUCUACACGCGAUGGAUCUUGUCAGGCUUCCUGCGAGCGCUGUGAAAACGGUGAUUGUGUGGCUCCGAACGAGUGCCGCUGCCAUUUCGGCUACACUAAAGAUCAACACGGCCAAUGUGUUCCACAAUGCAAUCCGUCCUGUGGUUCCGGUAGCAGCUGCGUUGCCCCCAAUGCCUGUUCACGUCCGUCAAACUCAGACGAUGGUACACAUUUACAAGUGACUCCUAUAAGAUAUAGGCCUUCGUAUCCACAAAAUCAAAUUCAAAACGGAUCAGCACCCUAUCCUUAUAAUCAGACUGAUUAUCAUCAAUAUUCUCAGAAUCAGGGACAGUCCCAGUCAGACUAUGGACGGGGAGACAUCGAAUCAUACAAUUCGAGAUACCCAACAAAUCAAGGAGGAGAUCAAUAUUCUAUACACCAACGCCACAACAUUAACAAUACAGUACAAGAAUCUUCAAGUGAUUCUCAGUACUAUUCCACCCAUUAUGGCAUAUACAAUCCACAGAAUCCAUCGCAUGGACCAAAUUCUUUUUCAUUACAUGCUAUCUCCAACAAUUCAGAUAGUCAAGGAUUUAAUGGAACUAAUAACUUACAGCAUUCUAGUAAUCAAUACCCAAAUAAUCCUAACUCCAAUAACCAAUACCCCAAUAAUCAAUAUCCUAAUAACCAAUAUCCCAAUAACCAAUAUCCCAAUAACCAAUAUUCAAAUAAUCAAUAUCCAAGUAAUCAGUAUCCCAAUAAUCAAUAUCCCAAUAACCAAUACCCUAAUAAUCAGUACCCAAAUGGUCAAUAUCCCAAUAACCAAUACCCCAAUAGUCAAAACCCAAAUAACACCAAUACAAAUCAACAGAGACAUACUUACCCACCAUCCUCUCCUAGAUAUGGUCCAAAUUAUGAUUCGAAUCAAGACACGACUACUGAGCAAUAUCCUCAGAAUUCACCAGGACGACAUAAUCCAAAUGAUAGAACCCAACAUCCUAAUAAUCCUUUGUAUCCGAACCAAGGGUCUGAUAAUCCGCAAUACUCUGGAGGAUCUCAACCUAACUAUCGUCCCUCCCAAGGAGGACCUUAUCAAGGACGGAAUCCAGGUUAUGUUAUUAACAUUGAUGAAGCUUACGGUAUCCCAAAUCCAACUGGCGAUCAUAAUCGACCACUUAAUACCUACAACCAAGUGGGUCAGGAUCAAACGCAGUCACGCAACAGUUCACAAGACAUAAAUCAAGGGUCAUACUCAGAUUACGAACAAAAUCAACAAACAGCUGAAUUUUUGCCCGUAUGUUCACAACCUUGCAUCAACAGUCACUGCGUAGAAGGAAAUGAAUGUAGAUGCAAUCCUGGAUACAUUCCUGACAGAAGUAACCCUAACAGGUGCUUGCCCAACUGCCCAGGUGGUUGUCCCAAUGGCAUCUGCUCUGCUCCACACUUGUGUCUAUGUAACGUGGGAUACUAUAAAGACACUAGCGUAAAAGGCCGACAAGUUUGUAUUAAGCGUUAGAUAUAACGGAUUUUUUAUAUGUUCAACCUACAUUGAAAAACAUUGAGUAUUUGAAAAGCAAUUUUUAAUAUCAAAAUUGGUUAAAAUUAUAACUUUUAAUAAAUAUGAAACUAUUGUAUAAUUUAUUUAUUUUCUGCGGACUAACGAUGUCCUAUACCAACAAAUAAUCUUUAUCAAUUUCAUUCAUUCAUAAUUUAAGAGCUGUGCUCUUGUCGGUGGAGGUCCCGCCACCUUCCACA